AUGGCCAAAAAAGGCGCCAAAAAGGCAGCAACCGCAGCCGCAGCGGCGGGAGACAGAAAUUCGAAACCCAUCGAAGUUGAGCCUGAGACGACAACGACCACUACCGCACAACUUUCGCUCGCGGACGAGCUAUCCUUCGCUCAAGAUGAUGCUACACCCGAAGGGUACGAGUCAAGUAGCCACACCGACCACGACGAUUUCGAAGAUGCCGCCGAUGGAUCCCACGCAGAUGAGAUGACUCCUUCCUCGAGCACAGCUACCACCGCCGAUGUAUCGCUUCAGCAGGCGACCAAGCAAGUUGAGGACUUGUCGAACGAGGACACUGCAGACCAACCAUUGGCGAGAAGCACUCUGCUAGCUGCUGAUGCUGCCGAAGCACACGCGCAUACGCCCAAGCCCACCGAAACAGCCUUUCCCUCAAAGUCGCAGCCAUCGGAAGCAACCUCGGCCAACGGCGCUGCUGCCGAAGACGCCGAGGAUGGCAUCGUUGCCAGCUCGUCCGCCGCCACCUUUGUCGCAGCAGCUCCGAGCGACGACACUCCUCUCAGCUCAGCAGAAAUCCGGGACAGCCAAUCUGCUUCUGACUCACUCAUCCUGGACGAAGAAAGCGCCAAAGCCACCCUGUCGGAGCACGUCGAAAAGGUGCCUCCCUCGGUAGGCGCUACCUCGCUGCUCGAACCCGACGAGACCAUCUCGAACCCUUUUGCGUCCAGCGACGACUCUUCCUCCAGGCCUGUCCGCUAUUCGCAGACUGCACCCACAGAUUCUGGUGCGGAAACCGCCAAUCAGCCUCCAGAUACACCGGGAAUGCACUCGAACCAUUUUUCGGUGGUCAGCCUCGGCAGCACGUCGGCGUCCAACACUGGCGAUGUUGAGGAUGACCUCGGUGGUGGCGGCUGGUCCGCGUCGAAUCGACGCGAUUCGCGGCGAGAUACGAUCACCACUAAUGGCGCCCGCAGCAGCAUUGCCGAGGGAGGACGUUCGAAUGAUUCCACGCUCGCACGCAACGGCGAAGAGUCCUCUUCGUCGAACUACGACUUCCUGCUGGCACGACUCGAAACGCAGAACAAGAGGCUUAGCGGCGAUCCUAAGCAGAUGCGUGCUAGCAUCGAUGGUGCCGUCAAGCUACGCGAGCACUUUGAAAAGCUGCGUGACCAGGGCCAGCGCCAUUCACGCACUGAUUCGCAGAACCGGGGCCUGGGCGACGAAGGCUCGUCGAGUGUCGAUUCGGAUGCGCAGCAGAGAUCGUCGACUUCGCAGAGCUCUCAGGCACCCGUUGCGGAGCCGUCCGCAGCAGCAGCAGCAACAGCAGGAGUACGCGAGUCGGUCACAUCUUCCAGCGCGGACACCGCAUGGUCGGGCCCGCCCGCCGACGACGUCGGCGACGAAGAGAUCGACUGGGAGUUCUGGGGAGACGUCAUGAGCAACUACCAGCACGUCGCACGCACCCAACCGCGCCAGCUCAGCCGCGCCAUCCAAGCGGGGAUCCCCGCUGCGCUCCGAGGCAUGAUGUGGCAGCUCAUGAGCAGCAGCAAGAACGAAGAGAUGGAGAUCAUCUACGCGUACUAUCUCAAGCAAGCGUCCACGCACGAGAAGGCGAUCCGGCGCGAUCUGAACCGUACGUUCCCGGAGCAGGAUUACUUCCAAGAUGGCAAGGGCAUUGGGCAGGAGAAUCUGUACAAUGUCAUCAAGGCGUAUUCGCUGUAUGAUCCGGAGGUGGGGUAUUGUCAGGGGAUGCAGUUUGUGGUCGGGCCGUUGUUGCUGAACAUGCCGGACGAGGAGGCGUUUAGCACAUUCGUCAGGCUGAUGAAGUCGUACGAUCUGCGCGGGCAUUUCACGCCCAACAUGCCGGCACUCCAGCUAAGGUUGUUCCAGUUCGACCGGUUGCUGGAGGACUUUUUGCCGUUGCUUCAUCGCCAUUUGGUGCGGCAGGGGGUCAAGUCGAGCAUGUACGCGAGUCAGUGGUUCAUGACGCUGUUCUCGUAUCGGUUUCCGUUGGAGUUUGUGUACCGGAUUUUGGACUCGGUGUUUGCGGAGGGGGUCGAAGCGCUGUUUAGGUUUGCGAUUGCGUUGAUGCGGCGAAACGAGGAGCGCUUGUUGGAGAUGGGGUUCGAUCAGGCGGUGCAGUUUCUGAAGAUGGAGCUGUUCGAGUGUUAUCGUCGCCCCACCGAAGGGGUUGUGGCGAGUGGCGAGGUUCGAGCAUCCGUUCAUUCGACCUCGUCGGCCUCCUCCUCAUCCGCGGCAGCAGCAUGCAAGCCGAGUUACCGAACCAACGAAUUCGUCCGCGACGCAUUCGCCGUCAAAAUCACCCCCUUCAUCCUCGACUCGUUCGCCGCUGAAUUCGACGUCCAGGUCCGCGCGGCAAACGCACACCGCCGCGAGGUCGAAGCGCUCCGCCUCGUCAACCGCAACCUCGCCGCGCGCGUCAAAGCGCUCGAGGAACAGCUCAACUCGGUCAACGCCGAACACGUCGAAAUGGUCAAAGACGUCGUCAUGGCCAAAAUCGCCAAAGAGGAGAUGGCCGAGGAGCUGGUCAAGUACAAAAUGAUGUAUGCCGAAGCCGUCUUGGCUGCCGAUCAGGAGAGCGGGAACAACAGGAGCAGCGCCAAGGGCAUCGCCGCGGCGAAGGCUGCCGCUGCCGCUGCGGAAGCGCAGAGACAUAGCGGUAGCAGUAGCGGUGUCUAG